AUGCUGCUGCGGGGCGCUGUGCGCAGUGCUGGGCUACUCCGCACGUGCUCUAGACCCGCCAUUCGAUUCCCGCCAGCUUCCUUCUCCCGUUCCGCCUCAUCAUCAGCCGCUCUCCUUCCAACCAUCUUCGCCCCAGCUACAGGCAAGGGAAAGUCGGCGAUCUCAAUCUUACGGAUAUCUGGCGAUGAUGCACUCGAGGUGUGGCGGCGGAUGACCGUAUCGGUGCGAGGGGCGAGGCGUAGCAAGCCGGUGAAGGAUCCGCCGGAACGGAGGGCUGUCUUGAGGAAGAUUGUGCACCCUGAAACGGGCGAGGUGCUCGACGAAGGGGUUGUACUGUUCUUCCCGGCCCAUUCCGCCCUCACCGCACAACCAACCCUCGAACUCCACCUCCACGGCUCUCCCGCGCUCAUGCAGCUCCUCCUUCGACUGCUACCGACACUAAACAGCUCGUUUCGGAUUGCCGAGCCGGGCGAAUUCACGCGACUAGCGUUCGAGGCGGGAAAGAUGGACUUGACUGAGGUCGAAGGGAUUCGGGAUCUCGUCGAGGCGGAUACCGAGGCGCAGAGGAAGCUCGCGGCGCGGCAAGCGAGCGGACUGAUGCGAGAAGCGUACGACUCGAUGCGGGCUAAGGCGAUAGAAGCGACGGCGCUCAUAGAAGCUCUAAUAGACUUUGGGGAGGACGAAGGUAUCUCUGAGGGUGUAUACGAGCAAGCAAAAGAUAAAGUCGUCUGGCUACGAGAUCGAAUAGCGAAGUAUCUCGACGAUGGCCGACGAGGCGAGAUCAUCCGCUCCGGCAUCCACCUCGCAAUCGUCGGACCACCCAACGCCGGCAAGAGCUCGCUGCUGAACUGGCUGGCGCAACGAGAAGCGGCCAUCGUGACCGCGAUACCCGGCACAACCCGCGACGUUGUCGAACUCUCGCUCGACUUUCACGGCCUUCCCAUAUCCGUAGCCGACACAGCGGGUUUGCGGUCAACGAAGGAUCAAGUGGAGGCGAUCGGCAUUGAGCGGGCGAUGGAGAAGGCUGCCGUGGCCGACAUCAAGCUCUGCGUCCUCUCGCUCGACCAACUCUUCCACUCUUCAGCAUCCAACACGCCGACCAUCGACCCUCUCACCCUUUCGCUUAUCGACUCCCACACCCUCCUCCUCCUCAACAAGGUCGACUCAUCCGUCCCUUCUCCCAUCCAGCUCGAAGCGCUCGAACGCACACUAGAGACCGAGGGAAAGGAAUGGUUUGGGAAGGGCACAUGCGAGCCGUUUAGGUUGGUGAGCGUGAAGGAGGGAAAGGGGUUGAGGGAGUUGGCGGAGGUUAUGCGGGCAGAGCUGAAGCGGCGGUUCGACUUGUCGGACGACCUCGAGGAUACGCCGAUCGUGACGCAGGAGCGGCAUAGGCGGCAUCUCGAGGAAACUCUCACACAUCUCAAAGCGUUCCUCGCUAUCCCUGCUGAAGACAUCGUCGAUGCCGGCGAAGAGCUUCGCUACGCCGUCCUCGCGCUCGGCAAGAUCACCGGCGCAGUGGACGUCGAGGAGGUGCUGGGUGAAAUCUUUCGCGGGUUCUGUAUCGGCAAGUAA